AUGGGUAACCCAGAUAUCGAAUCGAGCCCGGCGGUUGCUGAGCGCACGUCGGUGGAUAUCGACAAGUCGCAAGUCGGCGUUGGCCGUGAGCAACUCUCCAACGUACUACCACCACACGAUACCUAUGAGGGCGGCCAUCGGUGGGAUCCCUCGGCUACAUGGACCCCCGAAGAAGAAAAAAGGGCUGUACGCAAAACCGAUCUCAAACUUUUGAGUUGGCUGUGUCUUAUGUUCUUUGGCCUGCAGCUGGAUAGAGGAAACAUCAGUAAUGCUCUGGCUGAUGACCUUCUGACUGAUCUUGGCUUGACGACUGAUGAUUAUAACAACGGAACAACCAUUCAAGUCCUGUGCUUCUUGCUCGCUGAAUUCCCUGUUCAGUUCCUCACCAAGCGAUAUGGCUUCAAGCACGUUCUGCCUACCCUCAUGGUUUGCUGGGGUCUUGUAUCGACUUUUCAGGCCUUCAUGACCGGACGGACUGCCUUUUACAUCACCCGCGCUCUGAUCGGUACUUUCGAGGGUGGUUUUAUUCCCGGUGUUAUCCUCAUGGCCACCUACUUCUACACCUCGAGGGAGUUGUCUAUUCGACUGGCAGCUUUCUGGUCUACUUUGAACAUCGCCCGAGUCAUCUCUGCCCUCCUCGCUGCUGGGUUGAUCGAGAUGCGAGGUGUCCACGGCCGCCCUGGCUGGUUCUGGCUUCUCCUUCUCGAGGGUCUUCUCACUGUUGUCAUUGGUUUCGCUUCCAUGGCCUAUCUUCCUACCUCUCCAACAGGUACCAAGUCGCUAAUCUGGCGCAAGUCUUGGUACACGGAGCGCGAGGAGGUCAUCAUGAUCAACCGAAUCCUUCGAGAUGACCCGGCCAAGGGCCUAACAGCACUGAAGGAGCCUGCGACAUGGCAGGACGUCAAGAAUGCAUGGACCGAUCCUUCCCUUUGGGGUCUCUACUUUAUCGGUCUUGUCGCAUACAUCCCCGCAGCGCCCGUGCAAGCAUAUCUGACCCUCACCCUCAAACGAGUUGGACACUUCAGCACCUUGGCCAGCAAUCUGCUCACCGCACCAUCUGCUGCACUCCAGAUCAUUACCAUGCUUGCGUUAGCGUACAGCUCCGAGUAUUUCAACGAGAGGGCGUUCCACUGUCUCUUCGGAGAGAUCUGGUCGCUCCCGCUUCUCACAGCUCUUCUGACUCUCCCCGACCAAGGUCGCGAAUGGGGACGAUUCUCAAUCAUCACUCUUGUGUCUGGUUACCCUUAUUUUCAUCCUCUCGUGAGUUCCUGGAUCUCAGAGAAUUCCUUUGAUGUGAAGAAACGAGCUAUCGCUGCAGCGACUUACAACGUUAUUGUUCAAAUGGGCAGCGUUAUCUCGAGUCAAAUCUACCGCAAAUGGGACGCACCUUACUACAAGAAUGGAAACAAGGUGCUGAUCUCCAUUCUGUGCCUGUCUGUCGUUGUGUUCAUCGCCCAGAGACAGUGGCUCGUCCGCCUCAACAAGAAGAAGUCCGACCAGUGGGAUCAAAUGACCCCAGAGCAGAAGCUCGAAUACCAAACAGACAAGGAGCAGCGAGAGAUUGAUGGAAACAAACGAGUUGACUUUCGAUUUGCCUACUGA